GCCAUGGCGGGCGAGGCCCUGGAGGAGGACAUGCUGCUGCAGAAGCUCAGGGACAGCCGCCGCCGCUUCCAGAGGCGCAUGCAGGAGCUGAUCGAGAAGUACAACCAGCCCUUCGAGGAUGACCCACUGGUGCAGAUGGCCACACUGACCUACGAGACACCCCAGGGACUGAGAAUUUGGGGCGGAAGACUAAUAAAGGAAAGAAACAAAGGACAAAUCCAGGACUCCCCUGUGAGGCCUGUGGACAGGAUAGAUGGCCCCAUGCAAGCCACAGCCCAAGGUCAUGAACGUCCCGCACAAGGCAUGCACGUCCUGGGAGCUGGUGAUUGUCACUUUUGUUCAGAUUCAAAAAGCAGUGAUGUCGAUGCAACUUUAGACCAGGACGAUCCAGUUGCUUGGGCCAUAACGCCUGCAGCACCUCAAAGCCCUUUGAAAAAUGAAUUAAGAAGAAAAUACUUGACCCAGGUGGAUAUACUGCUACAAGAUUCAGGGUGUUGGGAGGCUGCAGACGACAGAGCUGGAAAGGACAUAGUCAUGGCCCUGCCCCCUCCACUGGCCGCACCUGCCCCUCCUGCCUCUGGAUCCGAUGGUGGUCUCUCUGGAAAGAGUCCUGGUGACACAGCUCAACCAGCUUCGUCUCCCAGACAGUGGGAUCCUUCACGUCCUUGCUCAACAGACCUGGCCAUAGUACCUAGAAAUGACAGUCUCCCAUUACUAGGGACAAGCAGCAGCAGCUUCCUAAGCAGCCAGUCCUUUGGAGAUGAUGACAUUUGCAACGCAACAAUCAGCGACUUGUACGAGGGUAUGCUGCAUUCCAUGAGCCGGCUACUGAGCACACGGUCCUCAGGCAUCAUCUCCACAAAAACGUUCAUCAUGCAGAACUGGAACUCCCAGAGGCGGCACAAGUGUAAGAGAAUGAACAGGACAUUCUGCAGAGGAGCCCGGCGCCCUCAGAGGGGCUCCAGGGAGAGGCCUUCACCCCAUUCUGAGCCUGGGAAAGAGAGAGGAGCAUUAAGAGACUGCAAGAACUUACUAGAUGUUUCUUGCCAUAACACAAGUUUAAAACUGAGAAAAGCUUAUCUUGAAGUAAAACCUCAAGUCCAUAAGUUGGAUCCAAGUUGGAAGGAGCUUCAAGUGCUUCAGGUGACACCCAAGAAGUGUUCCUCAUUGACUUAUUUAGACCCCAGUCGAACACAUCAUCCUGAUCAGGAAAACAGAUUUAUGAAAUUAAAAUGGUUAAUUUCUCCUGUAAAAAUAGUUUCCAGACCAACAAUAUUACCGGGCCACAGAGAGAAUCAUCAACGGGAGAUUGAAAUCAGAUUUGAUAAACUCUAUCAGGAAUAUUGCCUGAGCCCCAGGAAACCGCCUCCCCUGACUAGCCUCCCCAACUCCUGGGCCGUGGCUGUGUACAAAGGUGGUCCUGAAAGCCCCAGAGGCCAUAGGGGUCUGGAAACCCACAGGCUCAGUUUACCUUUCAGCAGAGUGAAAUCAAAAAGGUUAAACAAGGCUUUUGAAACCAUAGGCAGAAAAUCUAUGGAAGUGAGUGGACACCUGCCAAAGAGAGAUUUGUCCUCUUUGUCACAAAGCACCAGCCCCAUAUGGAGCCCAGGUCAUUCUUGGCAGACAUCUGUCCUGCAUUUUCAAGGAAAUAGUUAUGGAAUAGUUAGAAAGUCAGUAUCACCCAGCAGAGCUAUUCCAAUACCAAAGAUAGAGCCUCUGGGCUAUGGAAGAAACCGUUAUGAUGAAAUUAAAGAACAAUUUGACAAGCUUCAUCAAAAGUAUUGCCCAAAACUGCCUGUGCAGAUGAAGGCACCUUUAGGUACCAGAGCGUCUCCACAUAAAGCAAGUACAAAAGUUCGAUAUCAAACAAAAGACUUGGGAAAAUUAAAUCUAGACUCUCUCUUCCAGGGUUCCCCAAAAUUGUCAUCAUCACUCCCAAAGUGUAGGAGAAGUCUGCUGGGCUCAGGUGCAAUUCAGGCUCAUCCAUCUGCACAAGUCCCUUGUGCUACUGGGAGGGGCAGUCAGUGUCCUGCAAAAAGGCUCAGGUUAUCAGACCCCUGCAGUUAUGGACGCCACAUCGAUUCCCAGGAUUCUUCAGGUGGGGUGGGCAGAGCUGUCUUCAGACCAGGAGAGCAGGACUGCUGUUUAUGGCCUGACUCAGAGGACGAGGAGAGGAAUGAAGAACACAUCUUUCAAGAGGGAAGAGAAAAUUCAUUUUUGAAUUUUUGAACAGAAAAAUUCAAAGCUGAUAAUCUCUGGCCAGGUUAUAUUGGAGUAUUGUUUCUUUUUCUUGUUUAUGGUUUUUUCUUUUUGUUUUGUUUUAUUUCGUUUUGUUUUUAAUCCUCAAGACAAUACAAGAACUUGGUUGAAUUAUCUGCCCUUAAAGGAAAUGUCAGUGAAAUUGGCUGCCAUCAGAGAUGACUGAGUUCUUGGUAUCGAAAUUAUGUGAAUA